GUCCGUGCGCUUGCAAAGCGAACAUGAAGAGUUCCCUGCAGAAUUUUCCGAUCAUAUUCGACUACAUAAAGGAUACGGAGUAUAGCAUACAACCAAUUCGUUGGCUCCUGAGGCCAAUAAGCAUCUGGCCAGUAUCAUCGAUCAAGGAAAAGAUUCUGUCGAUGGUGCUACUGCUAGUGUGCGUUUUCCUCAUCGCCAGUACUUUAAUACCUUGUGCAUUGGCUAUUUUUCUGGAUGAGACCAAGGACGUGGAGGCAAAGGUACGCGAUUUCGGGCCUCUCAGCAAUUGGGUGCUCGCAAGUCUCAAGUACUGCACGUUGCUGACGCAUGUCGGCGACAUACGUCGAUGUAUCGAACAUAUCGAAUCAGAUUGGCGAGCCGUGACGAAAAUAGAGGAGCGAGAAGUGAUGUUGAAGAACGCCAGGAUCGGUCGCUUCAUCGCGAUAUUCGCCGCGACUUUCGUGCACAGCGGAGUGUUCUCCUACAGUAUCUUCCGAGGAAUGACGUUGGACGAGUCCACCGCUGAUAACGUGUCGGUGCAUUCCCUGCCUUUCGCGUUCUAUGAUAAGAUUCUGGAUACUACGACAAGCCCGACGUACGAAAUAGUGUUUGCGAUACAAUUUUUAUCUACGUUUGUAGUAAAUUCCAUAGUGGCAGCUACAUGUAGUAUCACUUCCGUUUUUGUAAUGCAUGCCUGUGGUCAAUUAAAGAUUCUGAUAUCCUUGUUAGAUAAUUUCAUCGACAAGAAUGAAAAGAGAGACUUUUCGCAGCAAAAAUUCGCAGUUGUCGUCGAGCAUCAUUUAAAGAUACUUAGCUUUGUAUCCUACAUAGAGAAAAUUACGAAUGUUGUUUGUCUCGUGGAAAUAGGGGGAUGCACAAUGCAUAUGUGCCUCUUAGGAUAUUAUUGCAUAUUGGUAAGCGCACAUCAUGAAAUUCACAUGUAA